CUAUAGAAUCAAGAUUAACAUACACAUUUCUUCAUGAUUAUUGAUAUCUUUGUCCCGGAAAGAUUGAUUUAAUUCAUGGUGCAUCUCAAAUGUCUGUGAAAGUUCCUUGUGUUGUUUCUAGGUUUUACAGAAAAUCAGUUGAUGCAGAGAGAGAUGAUGAAUGCCGGCUUCAUUCUAUAAAGUGUUUUAACCCUAAUAUUAGCUUUGGUAAACUGGCCAAACAUAGGAUGUUGAAUUAUUCUGGCUUCUGUACAGCCAUGUUGGAGAGGGGUGAUGAAUCGAUCUCAGCAGCAUCCAUAAGUUUAUGUGAAUCUCAAACUCAACGCAGUGGCCGCCGUACCAAACAAACCGCUGGCAAGUCUACAGGUGGAAAAGCUCCGAGGAAGCAACUGCUACCACCAAGGUUCUUACUCUUGGAGGUGUAUAUUUGAUAUGCGUCGUUGGGGGCUUGUUUCCAAAAUGCUUCCAUGCUUCCAAUAUUUAAUUGCCAUUCUACAGAGAGCAAGCAGGCUUGGUGUUGAAGCUUCAAAUAUUUGGAUGCAAGUAAGUGGAAGCUGUUAUGAGCAUAUUUUAGGGGCCUGUUACUAAACACUUACUUGACAAGUGCUGAA